AUGGCUGGUAAACUAAUUGUGUUCUGCUGUGUUUUGGUCGCGGUGUUUGCGGAGAAGUACACCGAUAAGUAUGAUAAUAUUAACUUGCAAGAGAUUUUGGAUAAUGAACGUUUGCUGGGCGCUUAUGUCGACUGUCUCUUGGAUAAAGGAAAAUGCAGCCCUGAAGGAAAGGAAUUGAAAGACCACAUCCAAGAGGCGCUCGAAACAGGGUGUUCCAAAUGCACUGAGGCUCAAGAGAAGGGCACGUACACCAUAAUAGAGCACCUCAUCAACAAGAAGAAAGAGAUUUGGGAAGAGCUCUGUGCCAAAUACGACGCUGAAGGGAAAUACAGGAAGAAGUACGAGGAACGCGCGAAGUCUGCCGGUUUAACCGUUUAA